AUGAUUCUAAUGAACAAGAAUGGAAGAACUUCUCCAAGCAAGAUCUUCCGUAUUCAGGGUCCACCCGCUGGGCAUCAUGUGUACUCCGACCUUUUACUCCUGGCCGACUUCCAGACGAAAUUACAACUAUGCCCACAUUCCCCUGAUCCUCGUCAGGUCUCGCUAUCCAAUCCGAACCGUUCGCUUCGCUCAUCAAUCUCCCAUCUGACGGUCCAUAUCUCCCCAUCAACCCCUCCUCACCACCGCCGUCAUGUUCGUUUCUUUAUUUACCCUUUCCUCGUUUUACGCGAAGAAUUAAGAAAAGGAGGAAAAAAUCCCCGCGCGCCGAUGGAGGAGCAGCGGCGCGUCGGCCGCACGGCGGCGGAGCUGACGUUCUGGACGCUGUGCCCCUACUGCUACUACGCGCACGAGUACGAGAAGGCCUACGAGGAAUGCUGCGUGCGGUGCGCGAACUGCAGGCGGGGCUUCCACGCGGCGGCCAUCCGCGCCCCGGCGGAGCACAAGGGAGCAGGAGGGGGAGGCUAUUAUGACUGCCGGUUGGGGCUCUUCCCGCUGAGGUACGAUUGGUGCGCGAGGGAGGAUGAGGAGGUGGAGGAUUACUUGGUGGAGAUAUCGUCGUCGGGCGACAAGCGGUGGGAGAGCCAGGCCAAGGCGGGACACGUCAAUGCAGGGGCGGAAGAAGAGGGGGAGGGAAUGGAGGAGGAGAGCUGCGGUGGGGAGUUGGAGUUUGAGUACGAAGGAGACGAAAUUCUGGUGAGCGCUUAAUGGAUUAUAUUCUCAACCUCGUCUUUGGGUCGAUGU